UUAAAUUUAUUACGCGAGAGUAUGAGAGCUACACGUGCAGCUACACAAGCUUGCGAGAUAUCGUUUCGGGUUUGCUAGCUCUCGACGGUACGACACGAGGCUAUAAACGCGAAGAAUUUUGCAACUCCUAUUCAGGAUUACUGCUCCGUUGUAAAAUCGGCUAUGAAUCCGUCCCUUGAUCCUCCUCAUUUCUCGGCGAGGAUUAGCCGAGCGACAGUAUUAAACAGUAUAGUUAGACCAUAACGCGUCCCCGACCCUCCCACUGGAGACUUUUGAAAUCCAUAGGCUGGUAAGCUACGGAUUGCCACGGACAACGUUCGGCGUUAUGCACAUCGGCUCUCCCUCCCUCUCUUUACCCCGAAGCAUAGGCCCCUGUCUCCCCUCUCUUCCCUCCGAAGCACGACCGAAGAUUUUGUACUGGAACAAUUAUAGUUCAGUAGACAUCGCUCGCUUGACCGAAUAACUUGCAGAUUUCAAUCUCAGUGGUGCUUCCUUCCCAGCUCUGACAAGUUUAACGCUGCUCGCCAGUUCGUCUCGCUUGGAUCUGUUCGCUGUAUCUCCCGCAAAAUCGACAAGAUGACCAGUAUCACUCUUCGAAGCCGCGAUGAAAAGCUCGUCAAGGUCGACGUCGAAAUUGCCAAGCGUAUAGCGACUAUUCGGGAUUUACUUUACUGUCCAAAGUCGGAGGACCUAGAGCAGCAGAUCAUCUCGAUUCCAAAUGUCGAUGGAUACGUCCUAAGAAAAAUUGUCGCAUGGGUCAACUUCCACAAAGAUGAUGCGCCCCUCACAGACGAGGAUAAAAUAAUCGAACACCUCAAUACUAAGGGCCUGUGCGAGUGGGAUAAACAAUUUCUCAAUGUGGAUAAAGUUUCAUUCUUCGAAAUAAUAGCGGCUUGCGAGUACUUACAAAUUAAUUUACUAAGGAAUACGUGCGCCAAGUACAUAGCGGAGAAAAUAACUGGCAAAAGCUUGGAAGAGAUUCGUCAACAGUACGGCCUUGACGACGCCGAUGCGCUUCGUAUCCGCGGCAAAUAGUAUGGGCUCAUGGAUACCGCCGUCUUCUUAGUGGAGUCUCUCAAGAAUAGAAGAAGAAAGGAGGUUGAGUUCCUCUUCUAUUCCUUCGCCUCCAUCGAUCACUACUCUGCAUGUCAAAACACAGAACCCGGCUGUCCAACGGACUCAUUGAAACCAUUCAUUAAGAAGACAGUUGCUGGGAAUCCCACACAACACUUCAUAUUCAACUGUUGAUUUUUUUAAAAACUAUAGACUUAAGUGUGACAUCUGAAUGAAUUUUAAAUAUGUUGAUUUGUCAUCGGUAUAAGAAAAUGUUUGCGAUAAAAUAUUCAGAAUCUUUUAUAGCGAUAUCUUCUUAUAAUUUUAAAUGUACUUUUUUUACUCAAAUAAAUUAAAGCAUCUGAAAAUCUUAAAA